AUGGGGUUCGCAUUCAAUACCAAAGACAAUGCCACUCCACCUGAGGCGUUUAACUGGAAGCUCUUUUGGGUGAUCUUUACUGCAGCCGGCGGAUCGGUCAUUUUUGGAUAUGACCUGGCCUUCAUCGGUGGAGUGUUUUCUUUGCCAUCUUUCAUUCGACGAUUCGAGCUCGAGAAUAAAAACGCCAGUGCUAUACAGGCUCAUAUGGUUAAUACCUUCCAGGGCGGUUGCUUCUUCGGAGUCAUGCUGUUUUACUACUUCAACGAGCGAUUUGGCCGUCGCUUCGCACUGAUGGCCGCAGGCUGUGUCUUUAACCUUGGAGUGAUAGUCCAGGUUGCGUGCCAUGGAAAUAUACCUGUUUUCUAUGUCGGCCGACUCAUCAGUGGCUUUGGGAUCGGGGGCACCACAUUUGUCAUACCGCAAUAUCUUUCGGAGUGUGCCCCUGCUUCUGCUAGAGGUGGUAUCAUUGGUUGUUUUGAGAUUGGAGUUCAGGUUGGCACAAUCAUAGGGUUCUGGAUCAAUUAUGGCGUUGAGAAGAGUGUCGAUCCAAACGGCGACAGACAAUGGUUCAUUCCUAUAACCUUCCAGUUCAUUCCCGCUACGCUCAUGAUAAUCGGGCUCAUAUUCCUCUGCGAGUCGCCGCGGUGGUAUUACACUCGAGAGCGUCGAGAAGAAGCACAAAAGUCUCUGGUCUGGCUCCGACAACUCCCUGUCGAGCAUCCUUAUGUUGCAGGUGAAUUGGCAGACUACGAGAGGCAGAUGGAGCAUGAACUCCUGAUCACAUCGGCCUCGGGAUUCCGGGCUGUGCUAUCGGAAACGUUCAACAAGAAGAUAAUUCCCCGUCUUAUUCAUGGAUGUCUCUUGAUGAUCUUCCAGAAUAGCACUGGGAUCAACGCCAUGAAUAACUUCUCGGUCACCUUCUUUCAGGUCAUUGGGUUUCAGGGCUCUUCGGCGAAACUGUUCUCAACAGGAAUAUACGGCAUCGUCAAGGGAAUCAUGGCGACCAUAACAUUCCUCUUCUUAGUAGACCGUUUUGGACGGCGGCCUCUUCUUUUCGUUGGCUCGGCCAUGUGCGCAUUCGCAAUGUACUAUGUGGCAGCCUACUCCUCAAUAACCGAUUCCUUCAACACCAGUCAAGACCAGAAUGCAGCUAGUAACUCAGCUGCGGCAUUCAUCUACAUAUUCGGUGCUGGAUAUUCCAUCGGCUGGAACCUGCCCUGGAUCAUUGCAGCCGAGAUCUUCCCAACACGCGUCCGGUCCUUCUGCAUGGUCAUGACAACAUGCUCCCACUGGCUAGGCGAGUUCUACACUUCGUACGCGGUGACUUAUAUGUUCGCCAACAUAACCUACGGGACGUUCCUCUUCUUCGGGUCGAUGACUGUCCUUGGCGCAAUAUACAUGUAUCUGCUGGUGCCCGAAACCAAUGGCGUGCCACUGGAAGACAUGGAUAUUCUGUUUGAGGCUCACGGUCUUGCGCCGCAGAAGAUGAAGGCUUAUAGGGCUGCUAAAGCGGCGGGAGUUACGCAUGUGUAUGGGGAUUCUGGGGUGAAGGCAACGUCAGUGUCUUCAGCAUAG